CUCCGCUUCAUCUGCGAUUCCCAUUCCUCAUCGACAUCGCCGUUCUUAGUUGCUCCCGCCAUCUCAUCCGGGUAAACCUCGUAGCCGAUUGAUCUCUCAUUAUCAGUGAUUCUCGCAGCAUUUGAUCUAUUCGCAGGGAGGUGAUUACCAGGACAGAAGAAGACGGCGAAGGAAGGCCGAGAUCCAGGGCCGCGAGUGUUGAAUCCACUGAGGGCACAUUCCCACAGCCAGGAGCUUUGGUCAACUUAGCUACGCAUCGCCAUGAAGCAGAUGUUGGUCCUCCCACGACGGCUGGUUUAGAACAUCGGUUUUGGUAACUAUGCUGGGAAGAGUCUCAUUUCGACCUGCAGCAAGGUUUGAACUGUGGAACAGAACGUGAUUGCUGCCGGUAUUUUUCUCUGUAAAAAGGUUGAUACAAGGUUUGAUCUGUGGAACAGAACAGAACGUGAGUUGUUACCAGAUUCGGUCACCUAUUUUCCUCACUACUUUACACAGUUCAACAGAGGCUGAGCUGCAUCAAUCAAUGAACUCUCAAAUUUCUAACCGUGCUUUCUUUUGUUCUUGCCUUGAGGCUUUUUCCAUCUGAUAACUCAGCCUUCAAGAGUCCAUUGUUGUAAGUAAUAAUGUUUUUUUUUCUUCUUAUCAUUUGGUGACCAGGUACAAAUUUUUCUCCUUUGUUUAAAAUUAUGCUUUGCGUCGCUAACGGAGAACCUAUCAAUCAACAUACACGACACAUGUAUAUUACUAAAAAGUCAACUGGGCUGAAUACUGUCAGUAGAUGCCAAGACCUGAAAGCAAGAUAAUAAAGAAUCAAAAACUGAACAAGACAAAAUAGCAUUCGUAUCCUCGAGUCCCAAAACCGAUGAGAAUCUACUGGAUUGCAUAAUGCACUAUGUAGUAGUUGGACAUGAACAAGGUAGCCACUUAUCGUAUAUAUUUGACAAGAAGUCUCCCCUCUCUCUCCUACUCUGUCUGUCUCAUGGAGAAACUUCAUCUGCUAGCUCUGCUUCUUCCCAUACUUCUUGGGUUACCUCUGUUAUACAUCUGGGACAUACUAUGGAUGAGGCCAGAGAGGCUAAGAAAGAAGCUGAGGAAGCAGGGUGUAAGGGGUCCCAGGCCUACUUUGUUCUAUGGCAACACCCAGGAGAUGAAGAGAAUUCGGCAAGAGGCCGUUUCUGCGCAGAAGCAAGACACCAGUAACUACAUAUCCACCCUCUUCCCUCACUUCCUUAUCUGGAGGGAAACAUAUGGCUCGGUAUUCCACUACUCAACAGGAGCUGUGGAGAUUCUGUUUGUAUCUGACCCCGGCAUGGUCAAGGACAUGAGCCACUGUACAUCAUCUGAGCUCGGGAAGCCUAUUUAUAUACAGAAAUCUCGCAAACCGCUCUUUGGCGAAGGCAUCUUGGUAUCAAAUGGCGAUAUAUGGGCCUACCAAAGGAAGGUCAUUGCACCAGAGUUCUUCAUGGAGAAGAUUAAGGUCAUGAUAGAACUAAUAGGGGAGGCUUCUGUCCCACUGCUAGAAGCAUGGGAGAGCAUGCUUGAUGAUGCAGGAGGGAGUAGAGAGAUAGAUGUGGAUGGUUAUUUGCGGAAUUUUUCAGCGGACGUAAUCGCCAGGGCAUGCUUUGGCAGCGAUUUCACAACAGGGGAAGAAAUAUUCUACAAGCUCAGGCAGCUUCAGAAGGCGAUUUCUCAGCAAGAUACACUGGUUGGAUUAUCUGCAGUGUGGAAGUGUUUGCCAACCAAGGCCAACCGAGAGAUACAAAAGCUGGAGCAAGAAGUUCGGCUACUCAUCCUCGAUGUCGCAAAGGAACACAGCCGCGGAAGCAGCAGCAGAAACAACGACGACGACAACGAUUGCAUAGAGACUAAACAUAACAGCUUUCUGCGCUCGAUUGUCAACAGCUCUCGGCAUUGCCCGGCCAGCUACGGUGGCAGCGCCGAGGACUACAUCGUCGACAACUGCAAGAACAUCUACUUUGCUGGGCACGAGACUGCAGCUGUAACCACCACCUGGUGCCUGAUGUUACUGACCACGCACCCGUCAUGGCAGGACCGUGCCCGCGCCGAGGCUCUAGAGGUGUGCCGUGGAUGCACAAAGCUCGACGUCGAUGUCCUCCGGCGACUGAAAACAAUCACCAUGGUGAUCCAGGAGACUCUCCGGCUGUACCCUCCGGCGUCGUUGAUCGUGCGUGAGGCGCUGACGGACUUCAAGCUUGGCGCCCUCAACAUCCCGCGGGGAACCAUCGUCCAGACCGCCGUCGCGAUGCUGCACCUCGACAAGGAUGUCUGGGGCCAGGACGCCGGCGAGUUCCGUCCGGACCGGUUCACGAACGGUGCCGCGGCGGCGUGCGAGCCGUCGCACAUGUACCUGCCGUUCGGGCACGGGCCCAGGAUUUGCGCGGGGCAGAACCUGGCGAUGGUGGAGCUCAAGGUGGUGCUCGUUCGCCUGCUGAGCAAGUUCGCCUUCUCGCCGUCGCCGGGGUACCGGCACGCGCCGCUGUUCCGGCUCACCAUCGAGCCCGGGUUCGGCAUGCCACUCGUCGUCACAAAGCUUCCAUGAUCUCUCACUGACAUCUGUGGCGAGAAUGUGCCGCGCCUGUUGAUGAAAACAAUGACGCCGCCACGUGUUUGUGAUCGGCGAGGCAUGCUUUCGUUGGUUGGUACUUUCUGCCGCUGAAGAUUUAGUGAGUUGAGGCGCAUUGUAAGAACAAAGUAUGCUUAUCUGCGUAACUGCGUUCCCUGAA